CUUAUCAAUUUCCUACAUUUAUUUCAUGAGCAAUCCAGGAUAAGUUAGUUCCAAAUGUACAAGCUUGUGAUCCCCAUAAACAGAAAAAAACUGAUUUUUUCACUCUUUUUUUUUCUUAUAAAAAUCCUCCUCAAGACUGGUACUUUUAACGUUGAAUAUAUCUUUCAGUUCUUUCGAUUGAUCUUUCAAUUCUUGCUCAAGACAAAAAGAUACUCAAAUAAACGUUGGAAGAAAAAAAGCCGAAUCAGAAUGCAAAAUUGCAGAGGCAAAGCCUAAUACAGGCGAAACAAUUUGUCUCCUUUGGACUGCUUGAUCGGCUGAUGCUCUUCUUCACCACGAAAUUUCCAAAUCCAAAAACCACCAUACAAACCCUGAACCUUAAAAUCAACCCACCAAAUCAGCUAAAAUCAAGACCGACCCAAAAAUGGUGUGCAUACGCAAAGCCACCGCAUAUGACCUCUUGGACAUGCAGACCUGCAACCACUUAUGCCUCCCGGAGAACUACCAGAUGAAAUACUACCUCUACCACAUCCUCACGUGGCCGAAGCUCCUCUACGUGGCUGAGGACUACAAGGGCCACAUCGUCGGCUACGUACUGGCGAAGAUGAAGGAGGAGAGCAACGAGUGCCACGGCCACAUCACCUCCCUAGCGGUGCUCCGCACCCACCGGAAGCUCGGCCUGGCCACGAAGCUCAUGCACGCGGCACAGAACGCCAUGGAGCAAGUGUAUGGAGCCGAGUAUGUGUCGCUUCAUGUGAGGAAGAGCAAUAGGGCGGCCUUCAAUCUGUAUAAGGAGACGUUAGGGUACAAGAUUCAUUAUGUUGAGGCCAAGUAUUAUGAGGACGGGGAGGAUGCCUAUGAUAUGAGGAAGAAGUUGAAGGGAAAGCAGAUUCAUCACCAUCAUGAUCAUGGACAGCAUGGGCAUGGGCAUGGGCACCAUCAUGAGCAUGGUGGUGGGUGUUGUUCUUCGGCGGAGGCGGAGUUGAGCGGAAAGAAGGAAGCGAAGGCUAUGUAAUGGUGGUGAGAGAGAGGACAGAGGUAAAGAUAAAAUUUUUUAUGAAUCGAUCAUUGGGGGAAAUUGGUGUUAUUGGGAUUUUGUCAUUUCGUUUUUUUCUCGUGGGUUUGAUGGGUUGGCUCUGUGAGCAAGAACGCAUGAAAGAACUAAAUUUUCUAUGGGGGGCAUGGACAUGUAUUGUCGUCUGCCUGCACUUUUUUGUGUAGAUCGUAUUGGGUUCUGUUGCCAAGCUUCCGUCUUUUUAGAAUUUUUGGAAUCUGUACAUGAAAUUUACUGUUCCCCAGCAAUAUACACGCUUCUGGAA